GUCAAAGCCACCCAACAUACCCUGUCUGACAAAUUUGAUGCCCUAAGAUCUUCCUCUUCUGGUGCGGAGAUGCGUGAUUAUUGGCCAGACACCAACAACAUAACCUUUCUGUUGCCAGGAUUUGUUGGCGGGGUGGCGUCGACGGGGCGGUGCGGCUCCAUACCUGGAGCAUCCUGGCUUGUGGAGCUUCGUCUUUGCUACUCCACUCGUCCAUCGGUCGUCGAGCUCUUAAAUCGGAAACAAUCCAAUUGCAGGACCACUCACAGACCUUAUGACGUAGUACUACUCGAUAGCCUGCAGUCAACGCCUAGAAGUCUCUAGACUGUUGACCAACUUUAGACCAGUGGCCUACGCAUAUAUAAGUUGGAAUCUCCUUGCUUAUGUUUUUUCCCUCUCGCCAACGCAGCUUCUGACAGUAUUACUCUAUCCCAAUUCGACUUCUCUUUCCAAGAACUUUAACCUCAAUCUCUAUCAAAAUGCAAUUCAAGAACAUCGUCGUUUUGGCUCUUGCCACUGCCGUUGCUGGUCAAGGAGGCGCACUUUCCACUGUCACAUCGGACUUGAGCGGUGCCUUGUCUACAGCGACUGGAGCAGCAUCCUCAGUCGCAUCUUCCCUCGCAUCCGGAGCAACCUCUGAUGCAUCUUCCCUCUCUUCCGCCGCCUCAUCAGUGGGUUCUUCCAUCAGCUCUGCUGCAUCUGCAGGUUCAACCUCGAUCACUGCCACCGGCUCAUCCGCCUCGUCCCUCGCAUCUUCCUUGAGCUCCUCCAUCUCAUCCCGAGAGUCGUCUCUCUCCUCCUCAAUCUCUUCCAAAGCUUCAUCUGUCAGCUCUGCUGCCUCUUCCAAGGCAUCGGCUGCUUCCUCCUCUUCCUCCAACGCUGCCGCCUACCCCACUGGUGCUAUUGGCCUCGGCGCUCUCUUCGGUGGCGCUGCUCUCGUUGCCAACAUGUAAUAAGGGUCACUUGAGUUAUGGAAAUGGGGAUAUGUGUUAUUGUUUGGAAAGUUGUAAAUAAUAUUUG